AUGCAUCGCGCGAAUGUCCCGGAUCUGUUUUUCCUGUCUGUGGUCUGUAGUCCGAGUAAAAUUGCUUUACGCUGUUUCGUCCUUACGCUCACGUCGAAGGUCAUCCAUGCCUCGCAGUCCACACAGCAGCAGCUCCAGAACAUGAUCGCCUAUGUCCAAGUUCAAAAGGAGCUGCGAAAAUUGCCUCGCGUAGAUGGGAUUCGCAUCAUCAGAACAGGAUCAGCGGACUGCAGUGGCGUUGACAUUCAGCUCGCCUUGCUCAAGAAAAAUCACCAUGCUCGUGGAGGUGUCGACGGGAGGAUCGAGUUUGUUGUUCGUAUUUCGUCAGCUUUUCCAGCCGAAGCUCCCUGGAUUUCCUGCACUGCAGGGGCUGAAAGACUUCCCGGCUCUAUGUUUGAAAAUGGUCGACUUAAUUUGUUGCAGGGAGGGUGGCCACAGGGAUACAGCUUACGUCUCCUGAUCAAGGAAUUGUGCUCGAGGAUAGAUGGCUCAACUAAUGGACCAUCAGUCGGUGCUCUCGUGCAACCGCUGUAUGAUGUAAACGCACCAUUACUGACGCCAUCAGCACCAACUUUAUACUCUGAAAGGCCUGGAAAAGACGAAGCGCGGCAAAUGCUUUUCCGGUGCAAGUGGAAGGAUACAGUGAAGCAGUUUCCCGUGCCAAUGGUUCGAACAUUGUUAGAACUUCGGCAAGCCAUUGAGCCGCAUAUUCCAGCAGCUAUGCACCCUGGAAUCUCGUUGAAGUUCCUCAAAAGCCCCCAAGAAGCGAUGCUAUUAAAGUCGGAUGGGGAUGUGCGAUGGCUAUGUUCCAGCAACCUACCCGUUGUAUAUAUUCUUCUUCAAGCUGAAGAGCAAAAAUCUCCUGAUCCCAAUGGAACUCUGCCUGGUUCCCCUACACGGAAUCAGUUGAGUGCACCUACUCCUGUUGGUAGCGUGGAUCUACUAGGAUUGAACCAACAAUCUCCAAAAAAGAAUGAAGGUGCUUCGCCCCCUUCACCAACGCGGCUUGAGUUGAAGUCACCCUACUUGGGCAAGAUUCUCAAAUCAGGGUGUACAAUUCGGGAAGUCGAGUGGAGGGAUCUUGCCAUUCAGAAGCAAAUCGGAAUUGGCAGCAGUUGUCAAGUUUACAAAGGAAACUGGCGAGGAGCUGAAGUUGCAGUCAAGUCUUUCACCGGUAUUGAUCGCAGCGCCGUGGAGCGUGAGUUCGCAAAUGAAGUGAACAUGAUGCAGCAACUCGGCCCCAAUCCAUCGCUAGUUUUGCUUCUUGCGGUGUGCGCAAAACCACUGUCCCUCGUACUAGAGUAUCUCCCGUUUUCGCUUUUCGAGCUCAUCAAUGGCGUUCCGGACAAAACGCGCCGAAUUCCACCAUUUCCUACAUCCUGGACUAAACGAGUUCACAUGAUGUUGGAUAUUGCUCGGGGACUUCAGUUUCUUCACUCGUUCGACAUCAUCCACAGGGAUCUCAAGUCUCUGAAUCUGCUCAUGACGGCUGAGGGACGUGUAAAACUUGCCGAUUUCGGAAUAUCGCGCUCAAACGAUCAAUCGGAGCUAAUGACAGGAUGUUGUGGCACGUUUCAAUGGAUGGCUCCGGAAGUCCUUACCAGCCAGAAGUACUCAUUGUCAGCGGACGUAUACAGCUUUGGCAUCAUUUUGUGGGAAAUCUGUGAAGGGGCUGCACCUUUCAGGGACCUGGCUCCUGCCCAAAUCCCAAUUGCUGUCGUCCAAGAGCGAAGACGACCCAUAAUCUCUCCCAUGACACCGCUGCCACUCCGUGACCUCAUCCAGCGAUGCUGGCACCAUGAGCCAGCUCUCCGUCCCACCGCAGCUGAAGUAGUUCACAUCCUCCAGGGUUUCUUCCCUGCUGCAUGA